UCAUUUAUGUUUGAACAUCAAUUUGUCAUUAUUAAUAAAAAUGUAAGUAUAAUUAAAGUUUCCAGCUAAACACAGCUCGACGUUUAGUCCGACGAAUUUUCCUUCUUCAAAUUUCUUCCCUUCUACGGUCAUCAGCGCCAUUGAUCUCUCUCAGUGGCUGAUCUGGUGUACAUUGGAGGAGCCGGUGCAUAAGUCAGGAAAGCACGUAAACAAGGUUUGAAAAUCCAGUUUCUUCGUAGUGAAGAGUUAAAUGAAGAAAGCAAUUGAUCAAACUGUCCGUGACCUCAAGAGAGGAGUCAACAAAAAGGUUCUUAAAGUACCUAUAAUUGAGCAGAAGGUUCUUGAUGCAACUAGCAAUGAAUCCUGGGGUCCUCAUGGAUCAGUUCUUGCUGAUAUUGCUCAGGCAACAAGAAACUAUCACGAGUAUCAGAUUAUCAUGUCGAUAAUCUGGAGGCGUCUAAAUGAUACUGGAAAAGAUUGGCGGCAUGUAUACAAGGCUUUGAUUGUUUUGGAGUAUCUGGUAGGCCAUGGGUCUGAGCGUGUAAUAGAUGACAUUAGAGAACAUGUAUAUCAGAUAUCUACAUUGUCGGAUUUUCAAUAUAUUGAUUCCCAUGGGAAAGAUCAAGGAAACAAUGUUAGAAGGAAAUCUCAGAGUCUUGUAGUUCUUGUAAAUGACAAAGAAAGAAUACAAGAAGUUCGAGAGAAAGCUGCUGCUAAUAGGGAUAAGUACCGCAGCCCUGCCACAGGGAGUAUGUAUCGUCCUGGCUCAAGUGAUCAUGGAGACAAAUAUCAUUAUGAUCGUUAUGAAGGUCGAUAUGCAGAUCGGGGUGAUAAUGGCAAUGGAUAUGGAAGAGACAGAGAUUGGGGUUCCAGAGAUGAUGAUAGAUAUGGUCGUCAUGGAGAUUCCUAUGGCCGUGAGGGAGAGAGGUAUGAUAGGCACUACGAAGACCGUUAUCGUUCAGAUGGUUAUAGGGAUGAUGACUAUCGUGGGAGAGGUCAAACCACUGAGGACUACAAUUACAAUUCUGGACGUAAAAGUGCUGAUCAAGAAAGGGAUCGUACAACUGAGGGAGAUGGUCAACUUUCGUCCAGAGACAGUGGUGCAAAAGCUGAUGAUCAUGCUCAAAAUGGAAGGUUUGAUCGCAAGUCCCCUGAUCAAAACCCUGGGUUGCCACCUAGUUAUGAAGAUGCUGUUAGUACUAUGCGUGGUCCUACUAGCAGUGAUAGGGAUGGAGGCUUUUCACUGCAAAAUGCCCCUCAAAAAGUUUCUCCUCCUGUGACCAGCCCAGGCCAUGCAGUUGCACCUGCUCCAAUUGCGACUGUUUCGCCACUUGCUCCAGCUACAGAUCCCACUUCUGCAUCUUCACUUGGUUCAGUCCCAAAUCCUGCUCUAUUUCAGUCUGGAGUUUCACAUAAUUACAAUGAGGUUGUUGAAGUUGAUGAAUUCGAUCCAAGAGCUUCAUUAUCAGCUGCCCCGGCUACAUCAAGUGUAAGUGCUCCGGCUGCAUCUGGUGUGGAAUUAGAUUUUUUGGGUUCGUUGACUGAAUCUUUUUCUUCGAAUUCACUUGCUCUUAUCCCUUCUAACUCUCCGGGCGUGAGCCAUGAAGCUAAUGGUCCAGAAAGCAUGAAUCCUGGGCCUUCAUUUGCUGCUGCAUCAUCACUAUCCACGUUCAAUACUCAGUCUUUGGAUGAUCCUUUCGGGGAUGGUCCAUUUAAAGCUACUUCUUCAACAGAGAGUGCAUCAAUUCAAACUCAGAUCCCUCUACGCCCAAAUCCCAUUAACUCUAAUUCCACCCAUAGCCCGGAAGCUGCAGAACCACCUUCCCAAAGGCCUGCAAAUGAAUUUGGUGGUAAUUACCAUAAUGCAACCUCAGAUCCUUCAGGGUUUCCGAAACAGGAGUUCUCCAUCCCCAAUCCGGAGGUUGAUAUACUAGCUGGCAUUCUCUCUCCGUCUGCCCAUUCAUCCUUUGUCAACACACAAGCCCAGAAUGUGUCAUCUCCUCAAACCAGUCAAUCCAUGUCAGAGGCUGGAGUAUCUUCUCUAACCAACCAGGCGACAUUGCCAAACAGCUUCCAAGCACAACCGGGUUAUCCUCUUCAACCUGCUUCAUCUGCACUACAAGCAGGUCAAACCAUGCCAUUGUCCUUUCCUAUUCAAGCUGGCCGGUCAUCACAGAUGGGUUUCGGCUCCACGCAGUUAUCACAUGCACCACCGCAUGCUAACUUCUAUGGAACUUACAAUUCUCUAUCAAUAGCCCCGGCUUCUGCUUAUACAAACUCUGCCCAAAUGCAGUCAACCAAUCAAUCAUCAACAGGUCUUGCUGCUGCAGCACCUCAGUCGUCUACAGACAAGUUCGAGACAAAAUCCAGUGUUUGGGCGGACACUCUAAGCCGUGGGCUCGUCAAUUUGAAUAUAUCCGGACCUAAAACAAACCCACUGGCUGAUAUUGGAGUUGAUUUUGAUGCCAUAAACCGGAAAGAGAAAAGAAUGGAAAAACCGUCAUCUACAGUAACAUCUACUGUUACUAUGGGGAAAGCCAUGGGGUCUGGUUCUGGCCUAGGCCAACCCAGUACUGGGGCUCUAAGGCCCUUACCAAACUCGAUGAUGAAUUCUGCCGGUCCGGGUGCUGGGAUUGGCAUGGUUGGCUAUGGAGUUCGCCAACCUAUGGGUAUUGGCCUGGGAACAAACAUGCAACAGCCGAUGGGAUUUCCGUCUGGAGCCGCUAUCCCGGGAGCUUAUAAUAGUCAUCCUAUGAUGGGAACUGGCAACUAUAGUCAACAGCCGUAUGGAGGCUAUCGAUGACUGGUAAUCCCCGGGUGAUGUUGCCAGGAGUUCGCAUUGAGUGCCCGGAAACUCACAAAUUCUCCCGGCGAUAAGUUUUAGGCUGAAAAUAUUGAAUCAAGCCAACAUAGUUAGCACAUCCAGUGGUUUGAAAAGAUUUAUGUGGAGAAGCUCCGCUUCGGUGUAGAGGGCAACAUUUCAUCCCAAUAGAUGGCGACUACCUUCAUUCAUGGAAAAAUAUAAUCUGCAGGCAAGUUUUCGAGACAUUGGGCAUGAUAUGUCGCGUCAAGUGGCCGGUAUUUCCGACAUAGCACAAAUAAUAAAGUGGCCGUCAUUUGACAAGAAAGGAGCCAACAAUGUCCAACAUGUGUCAAAUUGAGGUACUUGGAUGAGAAAUAAUUCGAGAAUAUUUGCAAAUAAUGCAAAUUGAACUUAGAAUUUAUGAUCAUAUUAGAGUAGCCAAAUGAAAGACAAUAAGAUGAUUGAGUUAACUAUACGAGUU